UUUUUUGUCACCAUAAUGAUAAUGAUCUAGGUGCACAGGUCCCCCAAGCCAUCCAACAAAACUCGAGCAACUUUGAGGCUUGCUAGCUCUCAAGUCUGUGUGGAUAGAGAGCUGGUCUUUAAUGUCUUAUAGUGCACAAGGCUGCUAUUGUAAGGUAUGAAUAUUCAGUUAAAAAUUAGCGAAAUUUGAAUAUUGUCUAUGUUGCUCAUCACUAUGCAGGAGCCCUAAGGUGGGCCCCCAGAAUCGGUUACUCUGGUGGGCCCUAGGUACUCCAGUCCGACACUGCCUGAUGCCAUGGAUUCACCUCUCUUGUUUGGAUUUCUCAGCCUGCGAUAUAGGUAUAGUACUUGUGAUAUUUGUUGAUUGCUGAUUUGCUUUUUUUUAAAUCAGUUUGCACAUGUUAAUUGGAGUCACAUUGGAUAAAAAGAGGCGAUUCUGCAUUUGUUGAGCACACUAGAAGUAAGAGCUGACACCUAGAAACACGUACAGAAAACACAUUUUAUUUUUAUGCACAAAAAAAGAUCCUCGUCUUAUUAACAGAUUGGCCAUCAACUGAGGCUUCAUAUUAUUGUAGAGCGGCAGGAACACAUUUUCUUUUGCAUAUUUGGAUCUGGAUUGUGGCCCAAGGACCUGGACACAGACAGAACAGGGAGCCAUGGAGCUGCUCACUGUCUUUGGGCUUUACUUUAUUCUUAUCUUCAUUCUCUUUAUUCUGCUAUCAUGGGCCAAACAGAAGGCAUACAAGUCAUUGCCCCCCGGACCUACUCCAAUUCCAGUGCUGGGGACCCCCAAAUAUAUCGACUUAAGAGAUGUCAGCAUGAAGUUCCAAAAGCUCAGCCAGGAAUACGGCACAGUUUUCACCAUCUGGAGAAUGUCAGAACCUGUGAUCAUUCUGUAUGGUUAUGAGGCGGUGAAAGAAGCCCUUGUAGAUUAUGACGAUUUUUUCUGUGGACGACCAAAUAUCCCAGCCAUGCACGCCUUCAGCAAGGGAUACGAUAUUAAUGGAGCACGAUGGCGCUCACUCCGGCGUUUCACCUUGGCAACUCUUAAGAAAUUUGGGAUGGGUAAUAAAGCCUUGAAGAUAAGAUUACUGUCAGAGUCCAAGUGUCUAAUCCAGGCUAUGUCAGAGACAGAAGGAAAACCCUUCAACCCAAGAAAAUUCAUGGCCUGUGCUUUGGGAAACAUCAUGAGUUCUGUGCUAUUUGGGGAGCAUUUUGAUUACAAGGAUGAGAAGCUGCAGGAACUUCUUGCGUAUACAGCCACAUUUAUCACAGCAAUCAAAUCUCCACUAAGCACGCUCUGCAAUACUGUCCCAGCUCUUCUGAAGGUCCCGGUCAUCCGACACCAAGUCCUUAAAAGAACAAACUGUAUUGCAACAUUUGUGACAAACUAUAUAAAGUAUCACAAAGAGACUUUGAAUCCAGAAUCACAGAGGGAUUUCCUGGACCAUUACCUGAUGAAGAUAAAGGAGGUGGAACAUGAGAUGGAUCCAGAUUUCUGUGACACUAGUCUCCUUGCAAUAGUUACAGGACUAUUAGCAGCAGCAACUCAUACAACGACUUCUACCCUAAAAUUCAGCCUGGUGCUCAUGGCCCAUUAUCCAGAGAUACAAGCUAAAGUACAGCAGGAGAUAGACAGAUUGACCAAGUCCUUGCGUCCUCCUGAGAUCACAGACAAACCCAAUCUGCCGUAUACAAACGCUGUCAUCCAUGAAAUACAAAGAGUCCUCGACAUCACACCAACUGCACUUCACCAUGCCACCAAUGAAGAUGUCAAGUUCAGAGGUUACACCAUCCCAAAGGGAACAACCGUGAUCCCCUUCCUCACCUCCGUCCUGAUGGACCCAUCUCAGUGGGAGACUCCAGAAGAGUUUAACCCCGGGCAUUUCUUGACUGAAGACGGGGAGUUCCGCACCAGGGCUGCCUUCUUGGUUUUCUCAGCAGGGAAGAGAGUCUGUCUGGGAGAGCACAUGGCCCGCAUGGAAGUCUUCACGCUCCUCUCCAUGCUUCUCCAGAAAUUCACCUUUACCCUCCCCCCGGGGACAAAAUGUCAGGACGCUACAUUUCUGAACGCAAACAAGGAUGAAAUAAUUGAAUCAGGCGAGAUUUGUGCUGAGCUUCGCUCCUUGUCCAAGUGACCACUUGCUGUCCAUCUAUACAUCAUAGAAGACAAUGAGAUGAAGUAACUCAAGAAGUCCUCCAGAGGGUCUGGGGUGAAAUCCACCUCUGUAUAUGGAGCUGGUAGCCAGGAAAAUGUUUCCACUUUUGACAUGUAUAAAUUAACCUAACUUGCAAACGUAAUAAAAUAAAAUUAUACUAAACCUCCAUACCUAUAUAUUUUCU